GUGCGCAAGGUGGAGCAGGGCAGAGCCUGCAAGUGCUAAUAAUCAGUUUAUGAAUGGAUUUUUAAGGGGGUUCUUCCCGAGGGCUUAUCACUGAUCUAUAAAGCACUGGUAAAUGGUUUAUGAGGCGUUAGUACGGGACGGGCAGGCCAGCAGGGCGCAGACCUCGACCAAGGCCGACGUCGCACAACACACACCAGCCUAAGGAGGAAAAAAAACCCUGUCAAAUUCAUAGUAAAUGAUCCGGAUCUGGCCCAGAAACGUUAACGGGGUCUUCCCUGGUCCGCGUCCCAUCCCUCCGCCAAGUGCAGUCGUGUUUCUGUGACCCCGCUGACACAGACACACGGGCGAAGACUGGACCUCCAACCGGUGUCCUACGCCACACCCGCUGCUCCGCUCCCCCCCAGGUGGCGGCGGUGUGCACAGCAAGGGCGGUUUACCGGCUCGCGUCGGCGCCGGAGAAGAAGGAGCCCUACUCCGUGUAGCUAGCGGAGCGACAAUAAAUAAACAGAGAAGCUACCACGGUGCGGAUAUGUCAGCUGAUACCAAGAUUGCCGGGCUGCUCACAGAGCUCCACCAGCUCAUCAAACAGACCCAGGAGGAGAGGUCACGCAGCGAACACAAUCUACUCAACAUUCAGAAAACACACGAGAGGAUGCAGACGGAAAACAAAACCUCUCCAUACUACCGGACCAAGCUGAGGGGUCUGUACACCACAGCCAAAGCAGAUGCCGAGGCAGAGUGUAGCAUUCUGCGCCAUGCUCUUGAUAAAAUUGCAGAAAUCAAGUCUUUGUUGGAGGAGAGGAGGAUAGCUGCUAAGAUGGCAGGAGUUUACGGCGACAGCGACCCUCCAAGGAAGACGAUGAGGCGCGGGGUCCUGAUGACGCUCCUCCAGCAGUCGGCCAUGACGCUCCCUCUGUGGAUCGGAAAGCCGGGGGAGAGCCCCCCUCCUCUGUGCGGGGCGACUCCGGCCAGCAGCGACUACGUGGCCAAACAGGGCGACAAAGUGGCAGCGAGGGUCAAAACUGCGGACGGAGACGAGCAGUGGAUCCUGGCUGAGGUGGUCAGCUACAGCCACUCCACCAACAAAUAUGAAGUGGACGACAUUGACGAAGAGGGCAAAGAGAGACACACUCUGAGCAGACGGCGGAUCAUCCCUCUGCCUCAGUGGAAGGCCAACCCAGAGACGGAUCCGGAGGCCCUGUUCAGUAAGGACCAGCUGGUGCUGGCCCUCUACCCCCAGACCACCUGCUUCUACCGGGCCCUCAUCCACACCCCACCGCACAGGCCUCAGGACGACUACUCAGUGCUGUUUGAGGACACAACGUACGCCGACGGUUACUCCCCCCCCCUUAACGUGGCUCAGCGAUAUGUGGUCGCCUGCAAGGAGAACAAGAAGAAGUGACGGAGGCCGAGAUCUGAGGGCCAGACUUACACCGGAAGACAGAGAUGAAGCCUGUCUGGGAGCAUGGUUAUAUUUUGAAAUGGCUCUGAUUUCAACUUUUAUGUGAAAAGCUGUUCAGGAAUAGAGCGAGAUUCGGAAAAGUGAAAAAUCCAAAUUUGAAAAAGUGGCUUGGAGCUGGGGUGGAAGGUAUUUAGUCAAUCAAGCAAAAACAGGCCUGAACAGAUUUUUUUUUAAAAAGAGAAAAAAAAAUGUAACAUCCUGUAUAUGAGACUGUAUUUGCCCAAAUCACCACCAGACACACAGAAGGAGUGAAAUGAGCCACGGAGACCUGAACGUCUCACGGGGACACACAUUAGCUGUGUCCCAGAUCCGCACUGCAUCGUAAUUCUGAGCAGGUUCUGGGUCUGCAGUGUGUUCACACCGGAAACGUGACAAAACAAAGCGCCCCUGAUGUUGUCGUCUGCUGUCGGCCCACAGUGAAAUGCAGAUCCACAUGAAUCGGCGGUGGUUGGAGAAACGUCAGAAAACCAAAAAUAAGUGUUACACUCCCAGAAAAACAUUUAAAUUGGCAGCGGCGUUUUACAUGAAAUCAUUUCCUGUUACCACGAAUCGGUUUAGUAUUUUCAUUUCUUUUCAGCUCACUCUACAGAUCAGUGUAUAUACUUAGCAUGCAGUAUGGAGCUGGGACACAACAGCUGAUCGUGUCCUCCAACAGGGAAGUCGGACGUCUGUCCCACCGACUCGGAGCAUUCUCUUGUAGCGUCUAGUCGCCAGUAGAAGAACAAAAAUCACUGUAAAUAUCCAGAUGCUGUUGCAGUGGAUCUGUUUGGUGUCUCUGACUUGAAAAAGCCCAAUUUUAGGGCCUAGAGUGUAUAUAUUUUUUUCCAAGCCAAGUGUUAAUGAUUGUUGUGUGUAGCAGAAACUUAAAGACCUGAGAGAAGAAA